GCAAGAUGGCGGCCUCUGACUUUGCCCGUGCCUUCAGAGCUGCAUCAGGGGUCUUACGGCCCCUGAAUAUUUUGGUGUCUUCAGCCUGUCAAAACGGUGUCAAGAAUGCCUAUCUUAGUUCUGCACUGUCCACCCAGCAUUUUAGUUCUCUGCAGACACCAGUUGUUUCCUCUGCUCCCAGACUUGCCACGUCUGUCAGAAACCUGACAUGUGGACAUACUGCAGCAAUCCUCAAUAGAGCAGCCCCCUUGCUUCCAAAUGUCCUCAAGCUACCAGUGAGAACCGUAACAUACUUCAGUUCACGGAAAGGGAAGAGAAAGACUGUGAAAGCUGUCAUCUACAGGUUUCUUCGACUUCAUUCUGGCCUGUGGCUAAGGAGGAAGUCUGGUUAUAAGAAAAAAUUAUGGAAAAAGACAACUGCAAGAAAAAGGCGCUUGAGGGAAUUCGUGUUCUGCAAUAAAACCCAGAGUAAGCUCUUAGAUAAAAUGACAACAUCUUUUUGGAAGAGGCGAAACUGGUAUGCUGAUGAUCCUUAUCAGAAGUAUCAUGAUUGGACAAACCUGAAAGUCUAGAUUAGAAGUUUUAUGACUUCCCAGUUACUGAAUAUGUAUCUUUGUGUAUAUGAUGUCUUUGCAAAAAUGAAUAAGUGUAAAACUUGA